GGAAAGAAUUCCAUGGACAAAGACCAGAUGAGGUAUUGCUAUGGACAAAAGAAAGCUUGACAGUUUGAACUCUCUCUCUCUCUAUCUCCGCCAUGGGACCUUCUUCUGACCUCGGUAUAUGCUUCAAGAAUAUUGUAUUAUCCUUCAUCUUCCUCUCUCAUUUCCUUUCAUCAUCCUUCUCUUGACACUUGUUCUUUCUCGCUACCCUUUCUCUCAUCUUCUUCCUCUAUCCCUGCUGCUGCUGCUGUACAACAAACAAUGGAGCGUUCAGCUCCGUUACUUCAGCAUAACAAACUUCUAUUAUCUCUCUACCCUAAACCUACAAUCUCCUCUUUCUCAACUGGCGCUCAGAAGCUGCAUUUCUACUUUGCAAAGCCUUUCACCUCUUCCUAUUCGUUCCUCUCAUACCCAUCUCCGUCAUCGCCUCAAAGGUGCAGAAUUUCCCGAGUUUCCACAUCACCCAUCGAAUACGUGCCGCCAGCGCCGGAGGAUUUCGAAUUUGAACGAGAAAUAACGAGGCUUAGAGCUAUUCGGUCGAGGUUAUCGGGGGUGGAUAGAUUGGAUGAGAAAUUGUGGGUGAUUAACGGUGAUCCUAGAGUGAAACGGUUCUUUAAUCGUUCCCAAAGUGAGAUUUCUAGGGCUUUGGAGUCGCUGCGGUUGGAGGAUUACGAAUUGUAUCUUCUUAAAUGUGUGAUUGUGGUUGGGCAAGAACAUGUUUUUGGUUCGUAUUCGAGUUCUGUUGAUCAUAGGUUUGGGUCACGUGGAGGGUCACUCAAGACUGCUUUAUAUGCUUUGGUGGACAUGAUUGAGAAAUGGGACGGGAGUGGUGAUGAGAGUUUUGGUUCUAAUGGCCAUGGAAGGAUCAAUGGUGAGAAGAAUGAUGCCGUAAGAAUGCUGCUGAAGACUCUUCGAGAAAUGGAACAGUUCUAUGACUGCAUAGGAGGAAUAAUUGGAUAUCAGAUUGCGGUGCUGGAGCUUCUAGCAGAAUCGAGACAUGGAAGAUGGAAGAUGAACAGUUCUCAGUUCGUAAAUGAAAUGAUGGGAUGCCAGUUUAUGGAAAUACAUCCACCAAAUGUUAUAGAUCUAUCUAAAAAUACAGAAUACGCAUCUAAAGCAGCUCUUUGGGGUAUCGAGGGUUUGCCAGACCUAGGAGAAAUUUAUCCUCUUGGAGGCUCUGCAGACAGGCUUGGUUUGGUAGACCCUGACACAGGUGAAUGUCUACCUGCUGCAAUGCUUCCUUUUUGUGGACGGACUUUAUUGGAAGGUCUAAUUAGAGAUCUUCAGGCCAGAGAGUUUCUAUACUUAAAGUUGUAUGGAAAGCAAUGCAUUACUCCUGUUGCUAUUAUGACAAGUUCAGCAAAGAAUAAUCAUGAACACAUUACAUCACUUUGUGAAAAACACAAAUGGUUUGGAAGAGGUCAAUUAUCCUUUCAAAUCUUUGAGCAGCCUUUGGUACCAGUUGUUAGUGCAGAAGAUGGAGAAUGGUUGGUAUCCAAACAGUUUGUGCCUCUGUGCAAGCCUGGUGGCCAUGGUGUGAUUUGGAAGCUUGCAUAUGAUAAAGGAAUCUUUCAGUGGUUUGCAAAUCAUAGAAGGAAAGGUGCAACUGUCAGACAAGUCAGCAAUGUUGUGGCUGCUACUGAUGUAACUCUCUUGGCAUUGGCAGGGAUUGGUCUGCAUAGUGGAAAGAAACUGGGGUUUGCUUCAUGCAAGAGGAACUUGGGUGCUACAGAAGGAAUCAAUGUUUUAGUUGAGAAAAAGAACCUUGAUGGAAAGUGGGUUUAUGGUAUUUCAUGCGUUGAAUACACUGAGUUUGAAAAGUUUGGGAUUACUGAAGGACCUCCUCAUGAAAGUUUGCAGGUUGAGUUCCCUGCUAACACAAACAUUCUAUAUGUUGAUUUAACUUCUGCCGCGCAUAUUGGAUCGAGCAAAAGUGAAGCUUGCUUGCCUGGAAUGGUGUUAAAUACAAAGAAGCCUAUUACAUACAUGGACUCAUUUGGUAUCCAGCAAUGUGUGUCUGGUGGACGACUGGAGUGCACAAUGCAGAACAUAGCAGAUAAUUUCUUCACUGAAUAUUCAUCUCGUUGCAACAAAAAUAUAGAUGAUUUGAUGGAUACCUUUGUUGUGUACAAUGAGCGGAGGAAGGUUACAUCUUCUGCUAAGAAGAAAAGAAGGCAUGCUGUCAAGUCAUUGCACCAGACUCCUGAUGGUGCCCUUCUGGAUGUCUUGCGUAAUGCUCAUGAACUACUUUCUCAUUGUGAUAUAAGAAUGCCUAAGAUUGAGGCUAAUGACAAAUACAUUGUUUCUGGACCUCCCUUUCUCAUCUUUCUUCAUCCUGCUCUGGGACCACUUUGGGAAGUUUCUAGACAAAAAUUUUAUGGAGGUUCCAUCUCCGAGGGCUCAGAGCUGCAAAUUGAAGUCGCCGAGUUCCUCUGGAGAAAUGUUCAGCUCAAAGGAAGUUUGAUUGUUAUAGCUGAAAACAUCAUGGGAUCAACUCGGAUUAAUGGACGUGGUGAACCUAUACUAGAGUAUGGGCACAGGUGUGGAAAAUGUAGGUUAGAGAAUAUCAAAGUAGUGAAUGCAGGUAUUGAUUGGAAAGCGGAGGAUAACAUAUAUUGGAAACAUGAUGUGCAUCGAUCUGAGGCACUGAAGGUCAUACUGCAUGGAAAUGCAGAGUUUGAAGCUGUAGAUGUUGCGUUAGAGGGUAAUCAUGUCUUUGAAGUUCCAGAUGGCCACAAAUUAAAGAUUACAUCAGGGAUCUCAGGUUUAACAUAUCAGUUAAACCCCAUUGAAGAGAAAUUGAUGGAUACAGGAAGCUGGUGCUGGAAAUAUAAGAUUAAGGACACAAACAUUCAAUUGGAAAUGAUUGAUUUGUAAGAACAAAUUUAUCUCAACCCUCCUGCCAUGUGAAUCACAGUUCACUUGCCGGAAAAGAAGUAGAUUACAGGAAGCGAACUCUUUAGUGGUUGAACAGAAGUUGAACCUUAUCUCUACUUAUCAGUCAGCUGAAGAAAAAGAUUCAAUCGUAUAGUAAGACACCGAGGAACUCCUUGUAGCAGCUCAUGCGUCGUGUCGUAUAUAUAGUUAUGUAGUCCAAUUAUCGUUGGUGCAUUCUUGUAUCUUAUUCUCUUUUUAGUUAGUUGUAAACUUGUAAUAUUGUAAAGUGAUAAUUGAAGACUAUUCAUUAACAAACAAAAAAAAAAACUAUUUGCAUUAACAAAAAAACCUAUUUGUUUCUUUGUUAUAUUAGUAUUUGUUUUUUUAUGGUACUUGAAUUUGGAUUUACUAAAUGGGAUUUGAAUUUUUAAUUGUCUCAUAUGAGACAUUUGAGGAGAAAAGAAGGAAACAAAUAAUUU